UUGUGUUGUUAUAAAUCGAUUUAAUUAUGGAGAGGGGGGACUAGGGAGUAGCUAAGAUGAAAUGCCAUAGACAAAACAUCCCAUGUUCACUUUUUCUCUUCCUUCAUUGAAAAAACGCUCAUAAAAAUCCUUUACUUUUCAUUUUCUGUAGCUAGGGUUUGCAGUAUAGUUCAUUUUCUUUCACAAUUUUGGUUGGCUCAAUAGGACAGAAAAGAGGAUCCAAUAGUUAGCCAAGAGAAGAAAGUUGGGGAAGAAAAAGAAAAAAUAAAUAGGAAUGGGUAGAGGAAGAGUGGAGUUGAAGAGGAUAGAGAACAAGAUAAAUAGGCAAGUCACUUUUGCUAAGAGGAGAAAUGGAUUGCUUAAGAAGGCUUAUGAACUUUCUGUACUUUGCGAUGCUGAAGUUGCUCUUCUCAUUUUCUCUAAUCGCGGCAAGCUAUAUGAAUUCUGCAGCUCCAAUAACAUGCUCAAAACACUUGAUAGGUACCAAAAGUGCAGCUAUGGUACAUUGGAAGUCAAUCGAUCAAUCAAAGAUAACGAGCAAAGCAGCUACAGGGAGUACUCGAAACUCAAAGCCAAAUAUGAGUCACUGCAGCGAUAUCAAAGACACCUUCUUGGAGAUGAGUUGGGACCUCUUACUAUAGAUGAUCUUGAGCAUCUUGAAGUUCAACUUGAUACUUCCCUGAAGCACAUUAGGUCCACCAGGACACAAAUGAUGCUUGACCAGCUUUCUGAUCUUCAAACUAAGGAGAAAUUGUGGAAUGAGGCUAACAAGGUUCUUGAAAGAAAGAUGGAAGAGAUAUAUGCUGAAAACAACCUGCAACAACCAUGGGGAGGUGGUGAGCAAGGUCUCACUUAUGGUCAGCAGCAACAUCCUCAAUCUCAGGGUUUCUUCCAACCUCUUGAGUGCAACUCUUCCUUGCAAAUUGGGUAUGAUCCAAUAACAACUUCAAGCCAAAUAACAGCAGUAACGAAUGCCCAAAAUGUCAAUGGAAAAUCCGCAGCCGCUACACCCUCUGCCGUAGCCUCUGCCCUUCGGGUGAGCACGUUGUGAUGAGCACUGUGUGCGCACUGGAUAAACCCCUCACUAUGCAAUAGCUCGCAAACCACACAGGAGAUGUAAACCGCAAUAGGUAAACCCCGUGCGACGAGUUUGAUUGAGAAGACAUUAAGGGUGGAUCGAACCCGCGACCUCCUAUGUUUUUCCUAUGUUUCUAAAUAGACAUUUAUUCUAAUUAUUCUAAAAGUUUAUGUUAAAUCAUUUUCUCGUGAUUUGGCUUGGAAAUUACUCGCUUUUAACUGAACCAUAGGUUCUUGUUCUUUACAAAAUUAGUAGUUUCCUCUGGUGACUUUAUCUUAUAUGAAUUUUGUAAAUUGUUUAUUAUAAGUUGUAGCAAUAUUUUUCUGUAAUUAUUAAAUUAAUAUUUUAAUUGCAAAUUAUAGCAAUUUUUUAAAAA